UAAGGAGGAGUGUGGCUACUCACUGUGUGAUGUAGGCAAACCGGGCUAUCUUAAUGUUCACCUGAUACCGCAUACGCAUGACGACGUGGGAUGGCUGAAGACCAUUGAUCAGUACUACUAUGGAUACGCGUCAAUGUAUCAACAGGCUGGAGUUCAGUAUAUCCUGGACAGUGUCAUCCAAUCCCUCCUGACAGACUCCAGACGCAAAUUUACGUACGUAGAGAUGGCCUUCUUCGAACGUUGGUGGCGCCUUCAAAGUCCCAGGACAAAGAAAGCUGUGUUGAAGUUGGUAAGAUCGGGCCAACUAGAAUUUGCGCUGGGCGGUUGGAGUAUGAAUGAUGAAGCUGUGGUGCACUACUCGGACUCAGUGGACCAGUUGACACGGGGACUGGCUUUCCUUAAGGAAACCUUUGGGGAGUGUGGACGACCCAGGCUGGCCUGGCAGAUCGACCCCUUUGGACACGCAAGGGACCAAGCACAAGUCUUCCUGGAGGCCGGCUUUGACGGGGUCUUUUUCCAACGCAUGGACUACCGAGAGAAGCGAAUAAGGCUUCAUAAACAACUGCUGGAGGUUCUAUGGCAUCCGAACGUCACCGGUGCGGAUCGCGGCCUCUUCACACAUAUGCUCUACCAAAGUUAUUGUUCUCCGCCUGGUUUUUGUUUCGAUUCCAAAUAUGCGGAAAACGUGGCACGCAGCUAUGCCACCAGCAAUAUAUUUGUACCUAUGGGUUGUGAUUUCACGUAUGAAAAUGCGAACCAGAAUUUUGUCAACAUGGACAGACUCAUUCGGUACGUGAACGCCAUGCAGGGGACUGCGGGCAGCAAAGUGAAUCUCCUCUACUCAAGCCCCACCUGCUAUACAAAGGCGGUUAAUUUAGAAUUUAAUCGACAGGGUACAAUUGCCAGCCGAGGCGGUGACUUCUUCCCCUACGCUAGUAGUUCAACCGCUUACUGGACGGGAUACUAUACUAGUCGACCAGCACUGAAGUACUUCAUACGUCAAUCAUCUUCCCUUCUUACUAUGUGUGAACAGGAGUGGGUCUGCGAAAGGGCAGACGGAAAGGGUCGUUCUACCACCCGAAUGACUAGUUCUAUGAAUAUUUAA